UUUUAGUUAAUCAAAAAUCAAUCAAGUGCAUUAUCUAUUUGAUGGCAGUUGUUGCAGUUGCGGUUGCAUCUGCUGCGCAUUUCAAUUCAUACGACUCUAUGGCAAUACAAACGCUCACUGUGCCGCCAGCCACAGUUCACACACAGAGCUGAAUUCUUGCCAAUUGUGUAAAUAAACUUAAAUUAAACCAAAACAAAAAACCAACGAUAGUAUUUUAUACAUUAAAUCUACACACACACAAUGCGCAGCCAAAGCCAAAGAAGUCACAUGUUGCUGCCACUCUCCAUGUGCCUGCUGCUAGUGCUUGGACUCGAGCGUCAACUGAUUGUAGCACGCACCACACGUGAUCGCUGCCAGGCCACGCCCAGCCACAGCGGCCUAUGUACGCCCAGUACAAUGGGCAUUUAUUUUGAUGAGGAGACACAGCGUUGUCACUUUGUGGGCUGCAGUAGUAAGCGAUUGUUUAAUUCACUGGAGGAUUGUGACAAGAUUUGCAAUAAUGCGCGACAUACGAAGAUACGCAAUCGUUCGCAGAAUAGCAAAACCAACGAAACAACAAAUUAAAUAUAUAGAACUUAAGCCUGUAGUUUGUAAUUAAUGAACUUAAACUAAGCACAACAACAACAAAUGAAUUGA